AUGCUGUACACCCUCGCAGUCUUGGCCUUGGAGCCGAAACGCUGGAUCGAGCAGUCUUGCGAGUGGUGGCUAAUGAUGCUGUUUGGUCUCAUAGUCGGCACGUUCUGGAAAUCCGCUGGCGAUGCCAUGGACACUUCGUACGAAUGCCUUCCGUCGUACAAAUCCGGCUUCACGGACGGGUUGCAAUGGCUCGACGAACUUACAGUCUGGGUCGAAGCGUAUGAGUCGCAGUACAUGCUUCCGGAUACCAAUUGUAACCUCGUCGCCAACCACACCACUGAUCUUCUCAACUAUACCCUGCCAAAGUCCUUCCAUGACGCGGGCAAGAAAUGUAUCACAGUCCUCUUGGACGAACGGCUCCGGAAAGCGAUGAUGUACCCCCGCGCCCCCGCUUCCUACUACAAAACUAUCUCCUCCAUCUACACCAUCCGCAAAAACAUCGUCAAAUACUGUAUGCCCCCGCGCCCGGCCUUUCUUCGCUACACCUUCAAGCAAACAAAUUCCAAAAUCGGCCGGAUCAACUUCACGCGCUUUGAUGCUGAGCCCUGGUACGUCGAGCCCACAUUUCUGAAUUGCUGGGGCCCAGCGGCUUGGAUACGUAGGCUGCAGGGUCUUCCGUUGCCUGGGGAGGGUUUCCAACCUGAGGGGUAUGUGACGAGGGAUGUGGGACCUGAGCGAUGGGUGGGCAAGGGCGGGGUGGAGUUUGAAGCGUCAAUGGCGAAGUUGAUGGCGGAAGAAAGAGGCGGGUGCCCUUUCGUGAGGCUGUGA